AUGGGGGCAUGCGCCUUGUGCUUAGCACGCUUCAACGGCAAGGAUCGUAUCGGACUGAUCUGGGAUGUUGCUUACUGCUUACUUGCCUCGAUUCUACCAUUCUGGGCUCAUUCUGUUUGCAGAAUCUUCUGGUUUGGUCCCGAUUUCAACAGCUGGCGCCUCGACGUUUUGUACUGGAUGUUCGUCUUGAGAAAGCUGGUGUAUCUUCUCCCGGAGCAAUAUGGCAGUGAUGUCGAGCUACUCAUCCCGGAGUACGAGCAUGUUAGUGAUCCAUUUUUGCGCCUCAGAACCGAAAUGGUCGCAACUUUUGUCGGCUGGGUACUCUGGCCCAAAGGCUGCCCGUGGUACCACGUCCUUCUUAUAUUCUCCAUCAUUCGCUCAGUCCUCGAGUAUCUACAGUUUGCCUACAUGAACCACACGCAUAUACAGAAACAUGGCAAAACAGUACGACAGGAUGAUUGGCCAUACAAAGAUUUGUACACAAUAAAUUCCAUGGAUCUCAUAACCAAAUACUCCACCCAUCAUCUCUCUGGGAGACUUGGUACCUUCCCAAAGAGGCAGUCGAUUUCAGGUGUCGAACGCUGCAGAUUCUAG